ACAGCCUCUCGGGCCCCGCCAACUACUACUCAUCAUCUUUCUUGAACUCGAGGACGAGGUUGAGGGGAAGGAGGAGGGUUCCCGGAAGGCGGCCUCUCAACGCCCCUAUCUCGUCGACACACGCCCUAAUCGCUUCCCUCAGAUGAGGGAUGGUGUCCUAUCACGGUCAGAUCUGCAAUGGCACAAUCAGCAUUCAUCAUCGACGGACGUGGGAGCGUGAACUUUGCGUUAUAGUGAAUGGAAAAAAAUGAUUGACGAGCGGUGCCGAUGAAACAGGAAGUCAGUUAAGGCAAAAAUACCUAUAAACAUGACGAUGAAUUAUCAUUAUCAGUGAAAUGAGUUAAAAUAAGAUAAAAUAAAAGAGGGAAACCAGAGAAAAGAAAGAAAAGAAAAAGAAAAGAAAAGUUACAAAAUGGAAACAGGAACUUAAACCAGUGCAAAAAAAAAAGAAAAAAAAAGUAAUCAUGUGAUUAUCAAAAUGAACGAAUAAAGGACAAUAAACAAUAAACUUAAGCACUGAAAAGCAAAAAGAAGAAGAAAAAGGCGAAGACAAGGAAGAAGAGAAACAGAGAGGACACCGAGAAGAGAGAACUUCCCACAGCAUUCCCGCCCACACCCACCCACGCCUACGACCUCACUCUCAGGUGUGGUAGCCGUCACGUGGGCGGGUGGCAGCAGCGUGGGCGGGAGCGGGUUGCCAUGGUGGGCGUGUAUGAAGUCGGCAAGUGGGGCUGGAGUGGGCGGGCGGGCGUGAGCGAGAGGAACAACAAGAAGGUCAACAUCCACGUUAUUUCUGAUGGCAUCACCCGGCUGCCUAUCCUGGAGGGGGAAAUCUCUCACAUAGAGAUCCCCCGCGCCCAUAACCCGCUGGGAAUCACCAUCGUGGGCGGCGCGGACACUCCUCUGCGCUGCGUGGUCGUCCAGGAAGUCUUCCCCGACGGCCUCGUGGCUCAAGAUGGCCGCCUGCAGCCCGGAGACCAGAUCAUCGAAGUGGACGGCGUGGACAUGACGUCAGCCACGCACCAGGCUGUCUGCCAGUCCCUCAGACGCCCCCAGGCUGUGCUCCGGCUGGGCGUCUACCGGGAGAGGAUCGAGGCUUACCGGACCGCGUCGCCCCAGUCCUCGACGGGGGCGCCGCAUCAAGGCGAGAUGGUGGCGGUGACGCUGCGCAAGGAGAGCAGCCGGCAGCUGGGCCUCAAGCUGGGCGGCCGCCGCACGGAGCCGGGCAUCUUCGUGAUGGAGGUCCUGGACGGGUCCGUGGCCGCGCAGGACGGCCGCCUGCACCCGCACGACCGCAUCCUGGCCAUCAACGGCGUCGACGUCCGCUACGCGCGCCUCGACCACGCCUCGCGCCUCAUCCAGCAGAGCGCCGCCCACGUCGGCCUCGUCGUCAGCCGCGGCGCCGUCGCCUUCGUGUCGGCGUGCGACGCGCCCUCGCCCGAGUGCCAGCGCCCGCCGUCGGCCGCGUGGCGCCCGCCCUCCGCCACGCCCGACGCCGACUGCCGCGCCUCGCUCGACCGCGCCAGCGCCAGCGACAGCGGCUGCGGCGCCAUGGAGUAUGGGCGCUCGCCGUCGUGCGACUCGCUCAGCGACCACAGCCUCGUGUCGUCCAUGAUGUCGUCGCCGGGCGCGCGCCUGCCGUCGGAGGGCGGCGGCGGGGGCGGCUCCCCCCCUCGCGGCGGCUCCCCCGCCACCUCCUCGCCCGGAUACUGCACCUCCGACACCGACGACAUCGAGCCGCACCCCAGCCACCCGCCCAUGCCGCCCGCGCCGCACCCGCACGCCUCCGCACCAGCCCCUCCCCCCGCACCCCCUGCAGCAGCAGCCCCCCCGCACCAGCACCGGCCGCACCCGCAGCCCCCCCCCCACGACCGCCUCGCGCCGCCCGAGGAGCACCUCCACGCGCCCGCCCACGCGCACGAGGCGGCGCCCGCGACCCCCCGCGCCGCCCGCGCGCCCGACGACGUCGCCAACAUCAUGGCCGGCCUCAAGCGCGCCAUGCACCCGCAGGCGCAGCCGCUGCAGCAGAAGAACGUCUCCAUCAAGAAGGCGACCAACGAGAGCCUGGGCAUGCGCAUCGGAGGGGCUGUCCAGCAACGAGGAGACACGCCCAUCUACAUCGCCAACAUCAACCCUCAGGGACCGGGCAGAUGUAGGACUAUCAAGAAGGGCGACGUGCUGCUGUCGGUGAACGGGCAGUCGCUGCUGGGGCUGACCCACGGGCAGGCCGUGGCGCUCCUGAAGGCGACGGCGGAGCUGGCGGGCGUGACCCUGUCGCUGCUGGAGGGCCCCGAGACGUCCCCGGGCACCGCCAACUUCGUGCCGUCGUGGCUGUACUGGCAGAAGCUGCCCCGCUCGCUGCACAUCUCCAAGAGCGUGGUGCUGCACCGCGCGCCGGGCGCCUCGCUGGGCUUCAGCAUCGUGGGCGGCUCCGACCCGCAGCGCGGGCCGGAGCCCAUCCACGUGCUGUUCGUGGUGCAGUCGUCGCCGGCGGCGGUGGACGGCAAGCUGCGCUGCGGCGACCGCCUGCUGUCGGUGGACGGCCACACGCUCGAGAUGGUGCGCCACGCGGCCGCCGUCAGCCUCCUCAAGCAGGCGGGCCAGAGGGUCCACCUCGAGGUCGUGUCCUGGCUCGGCACGGAGCUCUGACCUCGCCCGGAGGCCGGGCUCCUCGCGGGCUUCCUUCUCUUCCAAAGCCUCGGCCGCCGGAGGCCGACCGACGGCGGGGCGGCGAGCACGUCGGGUGUGAGCGGCGCGUCGGGGCCCGCCGAGGUGCGGGGGGGCACGCGCGCAGAACACAGACGACAGCAAAGUCAUGUCACUGUUAUUUACUUAUUCGUAGUUGAUAAAUGUAAGAAUGUACUGCGGUAGAAGUGUAAUACAUAGUAAACAAGAAACAUCGAGGUUUCAAAAGUAGGAAAGUCAAUGAUGAUAUACAGUAGAUGAUACUGUUUUAGAUGGAAAAUUAUAUAUAAUGUUCCUUCCCUCAGAACAACCGUUCGUCGUGAAGGGAAAAGACUGCUAUUUAUAUACUAUGGAUAGAUACAUUGUAAUGACAUAAAAAGCUGUUCAGCUUUCAAUUCAAGUAACGGAAAAAAAAAUACGAUAAAAAUACAAUAUGAAAUUAAUGAGCAUUUGAAAUGGAAAAAAUGUUGCUUCACCGAAGUGUACCCGUUGAUGCUUUCACACAAUAUGAAUUUUAAUAGGGUGAAUGGUUUUACAUAUCAUUAUGAAUAAUACUUGGUUAAUUUCGCUGAUUACAAAGCCUGGCGGAUUUGCUCUUCGUACGUAGAAUAUAACAACCAUUUUACUUUUAUGCGUUUAUGGAUAAGUAUCGGUCGCAGAUAACACUCGCCACAUGAAUAGGUCUACACAGCACAGUAGUGCAAUGAAGAGAAAUACAUACAUAUAUACAAUAUAGCUAUUCACAUGUAUACCAAAUUUACAUAUAUACAUCUAUACAUACAUUCCUAUAUACAUACAUACAUUUAUACGUACAUAU